ACUUUUGACAGCGCGUCGGGGCGCGCGUGGGAAAGAGACAGGGUGUGUGUGAAAAAGCGUAGUUCCCCCUCUGGAGAUCGAGCCUUCUCCGACAGCUCUAGUGGCGACAAGAGGUCCGAGGGAGAGAGGGACGGGAUGUCGGAGGAAGAACUGGACGGAGAAAUCUCUGACGAGGAAGUGUGUUCGCUCCUUGAGUCCAGCCUAAGAGAAGUCGAAGACGGCAUCACAGAGACCUCAACCUAUGUCUUGAGGGAGAAGGUAGUUGGAGGGGAGGCAGGAGAAGGGGAGGCGGAGGAGGAGACUAAGGCACUACGUCUGAAGGUGAAGCAGCUGCAGAGCCAUGUACGAACGCUGACACAGUACUACCAAGAACUGAUGGUUGCAUUUGAGCAUCUGAAGGAGAGACGGGGAGAACCAGGCGAGGGAGCAGAGGAGGAGGAGGAGGAGAGAGAAGAAUUGAAUCAACGUCUUCAAGAGGCGGAGGGAAAGUUGCAAGAUGCUCUCAGGCAGCGCAACGAACUGGAGGAAGAGCUGCAAUCGUCACAGGAGGAGGGGGAGGGUCUGAGGUCGGAGAUUGUGCUACUGAAGACGCAGCUGGCCGACUCUCAGAACAAGCUCCUCGAGAUGACGCAGGCACUCGCUGCCACCAAACAGGCUAUGGACAUCUACCAAGGGACUGCCCGGCGGGAUCUGGAGCACAGAGACAUGGAGCUGGAGAGACUAAAGGAGGAGGUGGGGCAGCUGGACGAGAGAAGACGGAGUCUGGAGAUGGAGUGUGAGAAGGGGAGGGGGAGAGUGGGCGGAGCCGAGGCCGAGCUGAACAAGGCUCGCGACGAAAUCAAGCUCUUGCAGAAACAGGUGGAGGAGCUGGUGCCGGAGGUGGAGGGAGAGGAGAAGAGGGCGGGGCAGCUGGAACGAGAGUUGGAGUCCAGCCGGGAGGAGACGGAGAGUCUGAGGAGAGAGAAGGAGAACAUGGAACAGAACUUGGAGGACAGGAUAGCGGAGCUGCAGGCAGGGAUAGCAGCUGCUCUCCAGGGACAGAGAGAGGCUCAGCAGCGGACCAGCGACCACAAACUGCAGCUGGACUCUCUCCGAGACUCACAGACUUCACUACAGGAUGAGGUUCAGAAGUACCAGCAGUUGCUACAGGAGAAAGAACAGCAGUUAGUAAAGAUGAUGACGUCACUUCACGUUGCAGCUGCACAGAUUGCUGGGCUGCGUUGCAAUGGAGACAGAACACCCACAGGGGGUGCGGAGGAUCAGGGGGUGUGGUCUAGUGACAGUGGUGAGCUGGUGAAGGUGGUGGAGAAGGAAGUGGAGGAGGUGAGGGUGGAGUGGGAGGAGUCGCGAGCUGUUGUCUCUCAGCUACAGACCACCGUCACCGAGAUGACUGCUAGACUGGAGCAGCUGCAGUCGGAGGUGGUUCUGAGGGAGAAACAGGUCUCAGAGCUGGAGAAAUUGGCUUCCGAGUCCCAGGUGGGUGUGACAGAGGGCGUGGCUUCCCUCCAGGAGCGGGAGAGGGAGGUGGAGAGGUUGGGAAGGGAAGUGGAGGAGGAGAGGGAGAGGAGGGAGAGGGAUCUUGCAGCUGCCGCAGGGAACAAAGAGGAGACGGAGCAAGUCCUAUCAGAGGAGCUGGAGCGGCGAGAGAGCUCUCUGGAACAGCUGAAUUCUGAAAACAGGUCACUCCAAGAGCAACUGGCUGCCAUUUCCUCAGAGGUCGAGGUGAUGCAGACGGCGCGGACGGCUCUUCAGGACGAGUUUGAGCAGCUGUUGUCGGAGCUUGAGGCGAGUCAGUCGAGUGUGGCUAGUCUUGAGGCCCAGGUCAGAGGUGAGGGAGAGAGGAGGGGGGCAGAGCUGUCGCAGUAUGCAGACGUCAUCAGAGACCUCCAGAAGCAGCUGGAGUGCGCCGAGGAACAGCGGAACACCGCCAGACAAGAGUCGGAGACCAAACUGACAGAGGUAGAGCAGCUGGCAACCCAGCAUCGGAGACUCAGCGAUGCUGUCAGCGAGAGAGAGAGAAUCAUCGCACAACUGGAGCAGCAGACAGCCUGUCUCUCUCUGCAACACCAGCAAGCCCUGGAGGAAGCUGAACGGCAAGAGUCCAUUGCGACGUCUCUACAGACAGACCUACAGACCUCAGCCACACUCUGUGACAGCCUCAAUCAGGAAGUUGCAGCUGGCAAGGGUCACGAGGAGGAGUCAGAGAGGCGACUGGUCGCCAUGGAGACAGAGAAAAACAGUCUCAGGCAACAACUGUAUGAUCGUGAGGAGGAGCUGGAGGAGCUACAGGGGGAGCUGGAGGAGAGUAAAGAGAGGGAGAAGAGGAGGGAGGGGGAGGAGGGGGCAGAGGUUGAGCAGCUGCGUGUCACCCUCUCGUUGGACGCGGUGGAGAGAGAAACGGUGGAGUUAAAGCUCGCCGGUCAGGAGGAGCUCAUUGCUGACCUUCGUCUAGAGGCCGAAGAGGUCCAGGCGUCCAAUGAAGAGUUUUCCUUCAAACUUGCCUCCCUCGAAGCCCUCCUUGCCGAGACACGAAACCACGCCCACCAGCUGGAGGCGGAGCUUGCAUCGGCGGAGGAGAAGCAGCUGUCGUUGGAGCAGUGUCGGGGUGUCCUGGAGUCUGUCGGUGCCGAGCGUCUGGCGACCAUCACUCUACUCCAGAGCGAGGUAGAGGCAGGGAGGGUGAGAGAGGAACAGGUCAAGAUCAUGGCAGACAAGCUGGCUACUCUGGAGAAACUGCUCCUGACUCUACAAGAAGAGUUGGAGACAGCUCAGCAGGAGAGCAGGCAGCUGGAGGAGGCGAGACAGACAGCAGAGUCACUGGCCACGCAGACAGAGACACAGCUGAUGGCUGAGAGGAGGGAGAGGGAGGGGGAGAGGAGGGAGAGGGAGGAGAAGGUCUGGGACCUGUCACAGAGACUCCAAGAUGCAGAGGAGAAACUCGCACAGACUGAAGCACUGGUUGAAGAGGUUGAGGAGGAGAGGGAUACCCUGCGAUCAGAGCUGGAAACGACAGGGAAGAAGGAGCGUCACUGGUCCUUGGAGCUGACUCAGCUCACCGCAGAACUCCAGCUCUCUCGUGAGAAGACGGGCCAGCUGGAGAGGGAGGGGGCGGAGCUUAGGGCGGAGCUAGCACGAGUGACACUCCUGCUGGAACACACUCAGAGAGAGUUGACUGGAAGUCGUGCGGAGGAGGAGGUGGUGGAGGGGCAGGUGAGGGAGGGGAGGGAGAGGGUGGAGCAGUUGGAGAGGGAACUGAGGGAUGUUCGGAGAGAGGCUGCCUCUCUCCGAGGACAGCUCGCCGCCACUGAACAGUCACAUGACCAGCUGCAGCAGCGGCUGGGUCUGAUGGAGGAGGAAUACGACGGUCUGCAGCAGUCUGCGUCGCAAGCGGCCACCCAGCUGAUGAACACCCAAACCAGCCUCGAUGACCGGAAGGAGUUCUGUCGACAGCUGCAAGAAGAGUGCGAGAACAUGACAGGGCACGUGGGGGACUGGGCGGAGAAACAGAGGUCAAAUACUGAGGUCCUUCUCAGACAUGUGAGGGAGCAAGAGUCAGAGUUACAGUCACUCCGAGCCAGCCAGCGAGAACUGGAAGCUCUCAACGCCUCGAUCCUCUCCCGUAACCGUGACCUUCAGGCCCAGCUGGACAGGAAGACGAGAGAACUGGACACAGCCAUUGCCUCGUCCUCCUCUUCCUCUCUCCUCAACUCCUCGGGGGGUGUGACCCACAUUACUGCUACACUUGACUUUGACCUCAGCCAGCUGACAGGGGUGCAGGUGGGAGAGAGUGUUGUCGAAGGUUCUUCGACAACCGUCCACCAUGCCUCAGCCGUCGCGUCUGUCCCUCUCAAGUUUAACUCUCUCUACUGCUCCACAAUGGAGGAAGGCCUAUCAACCACUGAAGACCCUGGGAUGAGGGUGGGGCAAGCAGCCGAUGAAGAAGACGAACUUGACAAGGAUUUCUGGAUUAGGCGCGCUGGAGAGUUGUCUGUACAGCUACAGCAAAGCAGUGACUACUGGUCGCAGAAAGUGAGAGAGCUCUCCAUUCAACUAGAGAAACAACAUCAACAACUGAAGUCGGAUCAUCGACACACGGAAUAUUCAGACUAGAACCCAAAACACAAUGACAGUCACUGUUUUAGUAAUACCCCAUUUAGCGUCAAUCACCUUUCCAGCUGCUUUCAUGAUUUUUUAUACUGUUGUUAUCAUUACUCCUGUCACCUACAGCUUGAUGCGUAUGUACGUAAACACAUUCAUUACGCGAGAGUGCAAUUACACGU